AUGAUAACGAUAGCUCCACUGGAUGGAUUCAAAGGAGGAGGAAGAGAGGGAAGAUAUUACGCAGAAAUCACAUUGUCAUCUCAUCCUCACAUCGAAGCUUCUGUUAUGCGUGCUAUCACGGAUACAGUGAUUGAAUGGAGGCGACAUCUGUUAGGUGGCCGAUGUUCACCUCUUGAUUCGAGUUCUGUUGCUGCACGAAAUCUUAUAACGAUUUUCGAUUUUCUUCUUUCUUAUGGGUUUAACGGUGGUAACCGAUUAUAUUGGAUAUUUGUGAAAGAGUUCAUGUCGCGCAACGAAAUCCAAUAUCUGAAACGGGAAUGGCGUAUCACUUCAGCGCGACAACUGUCGGUUGCAUGGCUCAAGGAUGUUCUCAAUAAACAAACAUUACUAUAUCACUUUCAGUCUUUCCAACAAGAUUUAGAAACUGUUCGAAAGUUCUACCGCAAGGAAGCUGUAAUGGCAAAUCAACUUUUCCUUUCCCGCAUUGUGCAGAAAAUGAUGGAUUUUUCUGAAGUGCAGUUCAAAUUUCUGAAACCUUUUGAAAAACAUAGCGAUAUUCCAAUAGCAGUAAUGCGAUUGUCAUUUGGUGAUCAGCGACCUUCGACAUCAACUGACUGUUUGGCUGUUUUAUGCAAACAUUCACGUGAAGAACAGACCUACCCAGCAAUUCGCCAAAGAUCUCGAGCAGAAUUCUCAACACAUUCUCAAGAUGUCUCGUCAUUAUUGUUUGAUAUACCACUACCAGCGGAUUUUGUGGAAACUCAUCCCACAUCAUUUGAUGAAGAUGUCACUGCACCAGAAAACGAUUCGGUAAUGCGUAGUGCUUUAUUAAAGGAUCAAAUUUUCGGUGAAUUGCUGAGACGUAGAAAGAGUGAUUCAACAGAUGUUGUCCAUGGUUGUCUUCCAAAAGAAGAUGCAGUGAAAAAUACUGUGAAUGAAGAGGGACAUACCGUUAGUUAUGAACAGAAGAAGUUGGAUGUCACUAGUGUUGCUGUUUCGAUGGAUCCUUUCGAUAUAGCUUUGAAAACAAGCUUAUCAAAAGCAAAAUUGUCCACAGAGGAUGUUCAUUAUAAUGAAUGUGAACACAGAGCAUCACCGAUAACAACGUUAGUCGAUCUUCCAUGUGGUGAAAUAAGGUUGGAUAUGGGUGAAAUGAUUGGCCUUAGCAUAAAUGUUUUCAAGCAUGACGCCGAAAGGUUUAUGCGGAUGUUUCAGGUUUAUUCACAUUUCGGCACAGGAGAAAUUGAAAGACGAUUAUUUGCUCUCUCUAAUCAGGCGGCUUAUUUGUUAUCUGCCGAAAGUUUUGCAGUAUCCAAAAGGUCAUAUGUUACACGUGCGUACCUGCCACUCCGGUAUAUCAACAGUGUUCAUGUUGGUCCUGACUCGCAAGUGAUGUAUCUGCAUGCUGAAAAAGAUUACAAUGUGUGUGAAGAUGAACCUGACAAAUUUUUGUCAGUUGUGGAAAUAUGUGCGGCUUGUAAACAGCUUGGUGUCGCCAUUUUGGAUGCUCUGAAUUAUGCCUAUGAGAAUUAUGUCUCAAAUUUUCAAGUCGAUAAAAUCAAGUUAAAAGUGUGUCCUGAUCCCACUCCACAGCAUCUUAUCCGUUUCAUGUCCAAGGAAUUACAGAAGAAUGCACCAGUUCUUUAUGGAUAUUACCUUGCACAAUGGAGACAAACGAAAUUAUAUAGCAUGAAUGGCGAGGGUUAUCGGCACAGUGGUUUUUUAUAUCAUAAAGAAGUUGGAAAUGGUGUUUCGUGGCUGAUCAGCUCAGGCAAUUUUCAACAGAGCUACUUUCAUUUGCAAAAUAAAAAACUUUAUCAAUUUUCCGACUCUACGUGCAAAUUCGGUGAACGCGUUAUAUCUGUGAGAGAUUCAGUUACCGAUGUGAUGGAACUCAAAGGUGAUGAUCGUUCACCACAUAUAUUCGAAAUCGUCCUUAAAAACAGCAGAAUUCAGUUUAUAUGUCAGAGCGCCGCUGACAUGCACAAAUGGGUGUCGCUAAUAACUCUUGCAAUCACGUCCACGGACAUGGAUGAUGAGCCAGCGGCCUGCGUAGUGUGCUUGUGUGAAAAAAGUAUUUUAAUAGCGCAAGAGGGGUUAAACUGUGCAGUUGAUGGAUUCAUGAGAUUACUGGCACGCAUUGACAUGGCAAAUAUGUCCCAGGCUACGGGAGUGUUUGCCGCUGAGCGCUCAGCGUGUGUACUCAAAAAUGAGGAAACGUUGGAGUGGUUAUUCAUGAGAUCGCCAGAUGAAGUUGAUCGUCUGCUUGGACAGCUUAACCAGCUUGGGGUAAGGGAAAUUAAUACAGAAGAAGAUGGCUCGUCCCGAUUGUCAGCAAUCCUAAAUUCGAUGUCACGUCUUAAUGAUGCUUUCCACUUUGAUGAUACUCUGUCAGAUGACGCAUUUGACGCAUCGCUCGAACUUUGA